AUGACUUUUUCAGAUAUCUUCGAUGUACUAGACACGGAUGAUAAUAACAAUGAUAGUUCUAUGUUUUUAGCAGACCCGUCGAAGUAUUAUUAUUAUCAUCAUCAUCAUGCUUUUAACUUUCAUAUGGGUUUAAGUGACUUCGAAGAAGAGCAAGAACAAGAAUUAAUAUACUAUGAAAACUCUUCAAUGAUGAAAGUAAACGAUGAACGAUUCGUCUCCGAGACUAUACCUAAAUCUCAUGAAACCGAUCAAUGUGAAUCGUCAAAUAUGAAAGACAACAUAGUACAAGUAACCACAACAGCAACAGAUAUAUCAGUGAAAAAGAAACUCCUCUAUCAAAAUAUUCAUACUACGGGGUCGUUUGAUGAACCCGAUUCGAUACCCGAUUAUCUAUUAGUUGAAAAUCAAUUAUUUGAUCAAAUGAUAGAAAAAUUAAUCGAUAAACGUUCUUCGACAGACACCGAAGAGUUGCGUACGUUCGCUUUCUUUCAGCAUGAACUAGUAGUAUACAGAAGACUUUAUCAUUUAUGGUCAUUAUAUUUACAAGCAGGUAGAGGUGAAUUAUUAAAAGAAGAUCCAACAAAUGAUAUGAAGCAUUCACUACGAUGCUAUUGGACAACACAUGUCAAAUUAUCUAUGUCGACAUCCAAUCGUCGAUUAUUACUCACAUCAAUCGCAAAUAAAGAAGAACAUGUUGCAUGUGAAUCUUUUGUUCAUCAACGUUUAGAAAAAUACAAUAAUAAGAUUGAUUAUUAUCAAAAACAAAUCGAUGAAAAAGAAAAUAAUAUGACUCAUUGCACCGAUACUAUCAAACAAGCGAUUGAAAAGUUUGUUGAAGAAAAUGGUGAAAGACCAAUACGUAUGAAAUGUGAUUUUGCCACAGGUAUACUCUAUAAUAAUUAUAAACAUCAUCUAUUAAAAAUUGCAUAUGAACAAGAAAAACCAACAGACUAUCAAGUAGUAUAA